AGGGGGCGGCUGGCCACUCAGGUGAAACUGCAGAGUCCAGCUCAGUUCUCCUGGUGAGUGGCCAGUAUGCCACAACUGAGGACUGCAGUUCCCCCGUCAGCCGACAGGUGGCCCAGACCCUAACAGGAGCAGGGAGGAAAGUUUACAGUACUGUUUUGGAAGAUACAGAGGAGGACAGAAAGUGUGCUGAGGCUGAUGGAGUGGAGCUCAUCCUCCCAACCCGCAGUCAGGGAGACACAAGGGAACCCUGUCUGGAUUGGCUGACCUUUGACCAUGUGGAUCGCUACCCCAAUGACAGACUCCCACAGGAUGUAGGGUGGAUUGUGGGUCAUGCUGGGGUCACCAGCAGAGCAGCAGCAACUAUCAAGGAACAGCGUUUCCCCCAAGCAAGCCUCAGUCUUGUCACCCAGGCUAUACCUGAAGACACAGAGAAGUACAAGGAAGAUGAGAAGGCCAUGGGCAUUGGUGAGAAGGAAGACUCCAUCAGACAAGAUGCGGAGAGGGCAGAUACUGUGUUCUCUGUGGGACACAGAACACAAGACCACUUUGUAAACUCAUUUUGUGCAAUUCCUGAAGACAAGAGGCCAACUCACUACCUCUUCCUGCCCAAACCAUCAGACUUGUUCCUGAACACUACAGUUGAAUACAGAGAAACAAGUGAGAAAGUUGUUCUGUUAAUUGGUAGGGUGACAACAGAUGAGAGGGUGAAAGGCUUUGACUUGGCAGCUAAGGUCUUGUCAAAAGUGGUAGAAAGGAGUCAGGACAGAAUCAAGUUGCGGAUUCGUGGUGUCAGUAAAGAGGAGUAUCAGGCCAGUAAGAGCAUUCUCCAAACCAGCAUCAAUUCAGGAAAACUGAUCCCCACCCUUCUCCCACACGGCACCCAGGAAGACGUCUGCCAACACAUGAAGCAGGCCCACCUGGUUCUCAUGCCCUCCCGUGCAGAACCCUUCGGACUGGUCGGUCUGGAGGCCAUGGCAGCCGGCGUGCCGGUCCUCAUAUCUGACCAAUCAGGACUAGCGGACUUGGUCCAUGAGGUUAUACCAGAAUUCCACCACUCUGUUCUCAGAAUCACGGGUGACGAUUCUGUAGAUGUCGGACGUUGGGCAGAUCAGAUUGCGGAUGUUCUGCGGAUGUCAGAAGCCGAGUUCCGUCGGGCUGCAGAACUCAAGCAGAAACUCCUGGAGUCCAGAUACUGGGAAGAGUCUCAUCAGCAAUUCCUCCAGGCAUUUGGAGGUGCAGAAGUUCCAGUUCCAGUUGGAGCUGCAGGAGCAGGGCCUUCUAAAGUGGCAGGUGUCAAUCAAACAGAUUUGUUCCAGAAGUCUGUGAAGAAGUACUAUGAGUUGAAACUGACUCACUUCAAGCCUCUGAUCUGGAAUGACAACUUCACACUUAGCCUCAGUGACAUCUUCACCCAGUUAGAGUUGAUACCAAAAAGUGAAAAACAACUCAAAAUACCCAAACCUGAAGAAUAUUCCUGGCUAUUAUCAGAGAAAGAAGAACAAAGAACAGAACUUAAGUCAUUAGACGACUUGUUCAAGCCAGAUGUCACAGGACUGUCUACAGCACCAAGGCGCAUUCUGAUUGAGGGUGAAGCUGGAGGGGGGAAGACAACAUUCCUGUCUAAAGAAGCUCUAGAUGCCGUCUCACAGAAAACAGAGCUGGGCAGACGGCACAACAUCGUCCUGUUGAUCCGACUCCGGGAGGUGAGAGAGGGGGAGACCAUAGAGGAGAUGGUCUGGGACCAGUGUGUUGAUGAAACAACUGAAGGUAUUGAAGAACAGUCCAUUAGAACAAUCCUACAGAGGAACAAGUCCCGUGUGCUCUUCCUCCUAGAUGGGUAUGAUGAGCUGCGGCCUGAGGCCAGGGCAGUCGGGCAGGCCAUUCCCAAACUGCUGUCUGGCAAGAUUUACCUCAACAGCACGAUUGUGAUCACCUCCCGACCCUCAGCAGGAGUGCAGCAGUAUACCCGGCCAGACUGUCACGUACACAUCAUGGGAUUCUCCCGUAGUCAUGUGUGGAGAUACAUGCAGCAGUAUUUCACUGUUGUUGGGAAGCAAGAACUGACAAAGACACUAGCUGUACAUGUAAACAGUUAUCAACUUUUGAACACUUUAAUCUAUACACCAAUGUUCCUGAUGUUUGUGUGUCUGCUGUGGGAGGAGGACCAAGAGAUGGUGUCUACUGGAACAAUGAUGGGGCUGUACGACAACCUGCUGACAUGUCUGGUCAGAAAGUGCUGUAAGCGGGAAGGAGUGGACAUGCCAACAGAAGGGCUGCCUACAGAGGUUGCUGAGUCAUUACUGCAGCUUGGCAAGCUUGCACUAGAGGCACUGCUGAGGAAUGAGACCCUGCUUGACCUUACAGAAGUGAAGAGAGAAAAGGUGAAUUGGGAGUUACUGUUAAAGUUGGGUGUGGUCUCCUUGGAGGUUUCUUCCUCAAAAUUGCAUCCAAGGAAACAGCUGAACUUUUCACACAAGACCAUGCAAGAGUUCCUGGCCGGACGAUAUGUAGGUCAUACUCAAGUCAACCAAGACAUUGUUGAGCUGCUGCAGCUCACCUCCAUAAGCAAGGCACUUGAACUCAGUAACCUGCUUCAGUUCAAAUGUGGCUGUGACUCACAGGCAACACAAGCUGUGAUGGAGGAACUAAGCAAGCUCAGCAGCAGAGAGUUCUCACACUUGAAACCUGAACAGUUUCAAAAAUCAAAUGUGCCAAUGGAUCGAGAAGUGCAAAAGUCCUGCCAAACCUAUGAAAGGUUUGCACACUUGUGCCUGAACAUCCUUAGUGAGAGACAAGAACCAGAAGUGCUUCAGGGUAUCAGUCAGGCCUUGCCAAUUGUCAUGCUGGACAGCUCCAUUAACAGUAGAGAAGCCACAGGUCUUAAGUAUUACAUACAAAAUCUUCAUUCAGCAAACCUGCCAGACAGGCUCAUACUUAAGAUCCGUGGAGGCACUGACAGCAGAGACACAGUUCAGUACCUACAGCAGUGUUUUACAACUUCACUCCCUGGACUUAAAGUGGACUUGAAACUAUCGAGGGGACAGUUUGACUCACCUGAUCUGACAGCCAGGCUGGUUUCAGUUCUGAAGAAUGUUCCCUGUCUGAGGGCACUGUAUCUGUCACGCACAAACCUAACACCAUCAUCACUCCAGCCACUUGUGCAGGGGUUCAGACACAUGUCUCUGUUAGAGGAGCUGGAUCUUUCUUGGAACCGUGACCUUGGUGAUGCUGGGAUGGAAGUCCUACAGGUUGGGCUGUCCAGUGUUCCACACCUGGCUGUACUCCGUCUCAGGUUUGUCAACAUGACAGCUGUGGGCAUGUCAUCCCUGGCUCCCUACAGGCACCACCUAGUGGGACUGAGAGAACUGGAUAUAAGUUGGAAUGAGAUCGGUGACACUGGGCUGGAAUCUCUCACCACCGUCCUCCACACCUUCACUGCCAUGCAGGUGUUGCUCCUGAGUUGUAUCGGUAUCAGCCCCACAGGCAUGCGCACACUGGUCCCUGUACUGUGUAAGUUAACCAGACUGAUCAAACUGGACAUUAGGGAUAAUGCCAUAGGAGACCCCGGGCUGGAAUGCCUGGCUACUAUCCUCCACUACCUCACAGCCAUAAAGGUGUUGGUUCUCAAUGGGACAGGUAUCAGUGACAGGGGAAUAUCAUCCCUGAUCAAAGCUCUGCCUCACCUGGUGCAAUUACAGGUGUUGGGUGUGAGCUUCAACAACAUAGGGGACUCAGGGAUUGUCUCACUGGUGCAAACACUCUGCCAGCCCAGCAGUUUGGACAUGGAACAAAACCCACCUGGUGACAAGAGUCUGACCACAGCCCCUCACUAUAACACCACACUACAGGAGCUAGACAUUGGGAGCAAUGAGGGAGUAACAGGAGCCGGACUGGGGAGGGUCGCACAGGUCAUCAGCACACUGCCGGCACUGACAAGGCUGAACAUGUCUGGUGACCCCUGGGACACACGUACACACCUGUCUGACACUGCUGCCAUGGAUCUGUCCGAGGCUCUACCCAGACUCCCUGCCCUGGAGCAGCUGGACCUGGAGCGCAUCUCCAUGGAGCCUGCAGGGUUCCAGGCUGUGGUGCAGGCUGCUGAGGAACACCCAACACUGGAGAGGCUAGACUACAAUAGGAGGCUAGUUCCUGAGGGAGCGGACACCACAGCCAGCUGUCUGGAGCUACAACACCAGCUCAGGGGGGUGGCUGGGUGCUCAGGUGAAACUGCAGCUGAUGUGCAGAAAUAUUUUGACAAAGUCAUCGAUGGCGUCAGCCACAAGUGGGACGACCUGGCCCGGAAGUUAGGGUUCAACGAGAACAAAAUAAAAGGAAUCAGGACAGAUGAGACAUUGAAGCCUGAUCAAGACCACAGGUGCAGAGAAGUGCUGCACAGGUGGAGAAACAGGGAGGGAAGGGAGGCUACUCUACAGGUUUUGAAGCAGGCACUCAUUGACAUUGAUGAACGGGCCACUGCAGAGAGUUUGGAAGAGUCACAGGAGUCACAGCCAUCCCCAAGCAAGAAAGAUUUGUUCCAGAAAUCUGUGAAGAAGUACUAUGAGUUGAAACUGACUCACUUCAAGCCUCUGAUCUGGAAUGACAACUUCACACUUAGCCUCAGUGACAUCUUCACCCAGUUAGAGUUGAUACAAACACUAACAGGAAAACAAAGAAAAGAGCUUAAGUCAUUAGACGACUUGUUCAAGCCAGAUGUCACAGGACUGUCCACAGCACCAAGGUGCAUUCUGAUUGAGGGUGAAGCUGGAGGGGGGAAGACAACGUUUCUGUCCAAAGAAGCCCUAGAUGCCGUCUCACAGAAAACAGAGCUGGGCAGACGGCACGACAUCGUCCUGUUGAUCCGACUCCGGGAGGUGAGAGAGGGGGAGACCAUAGAGGAGAUGGUGUGGGACCAGUGUGUUGAUGAAACAACUGACGGUAUUGAAGCACAGUCCAUUAGAACAAUCCUACAGAGGAACAAGUCCUGUGUGCUCUUCCUCCUAGAUGGGUAUGAUGAGCUGCGGCCUGAGGCCAGGGCAGCCGGGCAGGCCAUUCCCAAACUGCUGUCUGGCAAGAUGUACCCCAACAGCACGAUUGUGAUCACCUCCCGACCCUCAGCAGGAGUGCAGCAGUACACCCGGCCAGACUGUCACGUACACAUCAUGGGCUUCUCACCUGAGCAUGCUGCAAAACACGUGAGGAAAUAUUUCUCCAUCACAGGAAGUCCUGAGCUGGGAGAGGAUUUCAUCAGGCAAUAUUUCACUGUCAAGUCUGUCAUUGAUUAUGAUGAGGUCCUGGAGAAGGCGGAAAUUACAUCUGCUCUUAGCCUGAAAAAAGAUGAACUCUUAAAUUACUUAAUCCAAACCCCAAUAUUCCUGAUGUUUGUGUGUCUGCUGUGGGAGGAGGACCAAGAGAUGGUGUCUACUGGAACAAUGAUGGGGCUGUACGACAACCUGCUGACAUGUCUGGUCAGAAAGUGCUGUGAGCGGGAAGGAGUGGACAUGCCAACAGAAGGGCUGCCUACAGAGGUUGCUGAGUCAUUACUGCAGCUCGGCAAGCUUGCACUAGAGGCACUGCUGAGGAAUGAGACCCUGCUUGACCUUACAGAAGUAGCAAGACAAAAGGUUAAUUGGGAGUUACUGUUAAAGUUGGGUGUGGUCUCCUUGGAGGUUUCUUCCUCUAAACUGCAUCCUAGGAAACAGCCGAACUUUUCACACAAGACCAUGCAAGAGUUCCUGGCCGGACGAUAUGUAGCUCAUGCUCAAGUGAACCAAGACAUUGUUGAGCUGCUGCAGCUCACCUCCAUAAGCAAGGCACUUGAACUCAGUAACCUGCUUCCGUUCACAUGUGGCUGUGACUCACAGGCAGCACAAGCUGUGAUGGGGGAACUAAGCAAGCUCAUUGGCAAGGAGUUUUCACAUUUACGACCAGAUGACUUUCAGGAGAAGACCCACCUACCUGUAAAGCCAGAUGUAAAGAAAUCAGUUGAAACUUACAAGAGGUUCAUGUUGCUGUGCCUGAAUAUCCUGAAUGAAAGAAAAGAGCUGGGUGUUCUGCAGGCUGUCAGCAGAGCCCUGCCAGUUAUCAUCUUGGACCUCAACAGUAAACAACCUGCUGCUCUGCAGUAUUACUUGGAAAACAUCCAGUCAGCACAUCUCCCUGAUAGAAUGAUAGUAGGACUUGGUACAUCUUUUGUUGAUAGAUCAGAAGCUCUUCAGUACCUGGAACAGAUUUUCACCUCUUAUGUUCCUGGCCUGCAGUUAGACCUAAGACUGAAGUAUUUAACAUUUAACUUACCUGAUCUGACAGCCAGGCUGGUUUCAGUUCUGAAGAAUGUUCCCUGUCUGAGGGCGCUGGGUCUGUCAGAGACAGAACUAACACCAUCAUCACUCCAGCCACUUGUGCAGGGGUUCAGACACAUGUCUCUGUUAGAGGAGCUGGAUCUUACUGGGAACUAUGACCUUGGUGAUGCUGGGAUGGAAGUCCUACAGAUUGGGCUGUCCAGUGUUCCACACCUGGCUGUACUCUGUCUUAGCUGGGUCAGCAUGACAGCUGUGGGCAUGUCAUCCCUGGCUCCCUACAUGCGCCACCUAGUGGGACUGAGAGAACUGGAUAUAAGUGGUAAUAAGAUCGGUGACACUGGGCUGGAAUCUCUCACCACCGUCCUCCACACCUUCACUGCCAUGCAGGUGUUGGGCCUGAGUAGCACCGGUAUCAGCCCCACAGGCAUGCGCACACUGGUCCCUGCACUGUGUAAGUUAACCAGACUGAUCAAACUGGACAUUAGUGAUAAUGACAUAGGAGACCCAGGGCUGGAAUGCCUGGCUGCUAUCCUCCACCACCUCACAGCCAUGAAGGUGUUGGUUCUCAGUGUGACAGGUAUCAGUGACAGGGGAAUAUCAUCCCUGAUCAAAGCUCUGCCUCACCUGGUGCAAUUACAGGUGUUGUAUGUGAGCAUCAAUAACAUAGGAGACUCAGGGAUUGUCUCACUGGUGCAAACACUCUGCCAGCCCAGCAGUUUGGACAUGGAACAAAACCCACCUGGUGACAAGAGUCUGACCACAGCCCCUCACUAUAACACCACACUACAGGAGCCGGACAUCGGGGGGAAUAGGGGAGUAACAGGAGCCGGACUGGGGAGGGUCGCACAGGUCAUCAGCACACUGCCGGCACUGACCAGGCUGAACAUGUCUGGUCACUGGGACAAACCUGCACACCUGUCUGACACUGCUGCCAUGGAUCUGGCCGAGGCUCUACCCAGACUCCCUGCCCUGGAGCAGCUGGACCUGUAUCACAUCUCCAUGGAGCCUGCAGGGUUCCAGGCUGUGGUGCAGGCUGCUGAGGAACACCCAACACUGGAGAGGCUGGUGUACUCUUGGCGUGGAGUUCCUGAGGGAGCGGACACCACAGCCAGCUGUCUGAAGCUGGGCUACUACUGAGUCCCCAACAUGGCGACCUGUUCUGUACAUUUCCUCAGCUCAGACAGACAACACCAGCUCAGAAUGACGUGAACUAAACAAACCAGUUUUAGUGCCAAAUUCACCCAGGAUACAGGCAUUGAGAAGAUCUACAAUGUAUCUAACAUUGUAAUUAUACAAAUAUAGUUUGUAGGCAUAAUUUUUAUGCAGUACUUUGACCAUUCCAGAUUAAUAACCAAGUGUGAAUAUACAAAUACUGUACUAUAUCUGAUGUAGCUGUAUCUGUCAGUGUGUGGAUUUAUUUUCUCUGUAACGAAACAAAUUGUGUGACAAAGAACCCAAUAUCUAUUAAUAUAGCAACCAGAUGAACCUAUGCAAGAGUGUAUAUAGUAUGUACUAAUGUAUCAAGAUUAUUUUUGUAAUCUUUUAUGUAUCUGUAUAUAUUGGAAUGAUUUGGGAUUAAGAAAGAGCCUAUUAUUCAUUGAUAUACCAACCUGAUGAAACUGUGCAAGAGUGUAUAUAAAACAUGAUAAAACUAUGCAUGUGUAUACAUACAAUGUCAUGUAAAUGUGUUCUGGAUAUUCUUAUAAGAUUUGUUGUAUCUGUAUUUCUGUGUGUUUUAAGAUGAUACACCUGAAAGCUUCGGCCUUUUACUCAACCUUAAAUCUGCUUAUGGAGGGUAAAGGACUGUCAGAGAUGCUCCAUUGUCACUCAGAAAACAUUACCAUCAUUCCCCCAACAUCUGCUUGGAGACCAUAUUCGAUUCCCAUGCAUGACAAUAUUGUGACAUUUAGGUUUAAAGUUAAAACUUUUGAUCCAACACAAGAAUUUCUCUCACCUAGAGCUU